AGAGUGGGCUUCUGUUCUGGAAUGAGUAAUGUCAGAGUGCAGGGGAAUGCAAGAGACUGUGAGAGUAAAAUCAAGUGAUUUUCUGUUAUGGUGAAAGCAGGAAGGACAACAUUCAAAUCCAUAAAAAACAUUGAGUUACCACAUACAGAUCAUUCUGUCUUGCUGCCCUCAUAUACCUCCCUGUAGUUACAGGUAUGUGGACGGCAGAGGAGGUUGGAAGCUAGAACGAGUAUUAAAUAGAAGUGAAAUCAUAACAGAAGGAAAAUAAGAAAGUGGAAGUCAGGAAAAUAAAUAGUAAAAACCAGCCAAUUUAAAGUCUAACACUGAAAUGGAACUUUGGAUAUUUGGAAACUGAAAUUGUAUUUUAAAAUAUGAUCAUGGCCAUCCAGUGGCCACUUGAAAGAUGUUCGACAUCUGUAUAAGGAAACCUGAUGAACAGUGUGCUCUAUCUUUUAAUUCUGGAGAACUACAGUUGUGUAAAAAGGGUUAGAAUGUAAUUUUAAGCAGGAAACUUACUCCUGAUGAUGUGUUACUUAUAACUUGCUAAGAACUUACAAAUUUGAUAGGUGAGUAACUGUUGUUUGUAUGCAUAUACUAUAUGGUAGACAUUUGUAUCUUCGUUCUUUAAUUUUCUCUUCUUAAAAUGCACAUUAAAUUGCGUGUUUAACCAACAUUAUUAGAUUGUUUUCAUUUACCUGUUGUAAUGAAUGCUACCCACACUCUUGCAAUAUAUUUUUAGUAAAUAAAAGUUAGAAACUGUAUAUAUUACGAAACAGAACUUUGGGCAGGCAAAGGUCAGAGCUUCUGCAGGACCACAUUACGUAAUUUGAGGCACUUUCUCUCUGUAGAAUUCAUGCACUGGGUCACUCGGUCUUAAGCACUUAUCCAGGGGAUCAUAAAGUGGAUUAAAAUAGCCCAGAACUUUCAAAACAUGCUAAGCAUAUGCCAUCCCUCCCCUACACCAAGCCACAGCAUCACCUCUUGCCCAGGCAGUCCCACACCUCUCCAAAUACGUUGUGGAAGGAGAUACCCAGGCAAACAGAGACCUGCAGGGUGUUUUGGUCAUAUGUCUGGCCAUGCCAGCCCAGGAGAGACCUUUCCCUGCUCUCUGGUGGGAGCACCUGCCCCUCCACCAUUCCCCUUGGUGCUUGCUGCAUGCCCACCUCUCCUGCAGCACAGCUUCAGCCACAGGCCAAGCCAACAAGCCUUGGCAUGGAGAACCAGCGCAGGCUGGGGUGGGGACGGUGCUCCACUGCAUGACAUGAUGGUCUGCAUCCACCUCAGGGUGCUACCCUCUGAUUUUAAACCAGUAGAAAUAACAUAUAAACUGGUUGGUUGGUUGGUUGGUUGUUUUUUUUAAUCUUUUGACUUGUGUUCUAGUGCAACUAACAACACUUGUUAAACAACAACAUGAGAAUUACAAGGUGCAGCUGGUACAUCCACAGCUGGGGAUUCUUACCAGUGUGAACAGGGUGUCUUUUGCAACAUGUUGAAUUUUCAGUCCUUCAUCUCUCCAGCAGGUUGAAGCAUGUAAGCACCAGAUGGGGCCCUUCUGAUAUACAGGACCUUGUUCCCUUCACUGCUGAGGGCAGCAGGCCUGGAGGGCAGCCCUUGUGCUGGACUUCUGCAGCAACAGAGCUGGUUUCUGGUAAUCUGUAGCUCACCCUCACAGUAUUAGAGGCUUUGCACAAUUCAGUUUUUGCUUCCACAGCUCUGUUGUGCUGAAAACACUGAAAUGUAAGCAUAAUAAUGAGCCACAUAAUAAACCACUUAAGCAGUGCUUUAAAUAUUAGAAGUGUCAUUUGUCUUCCUUCUUCUCCUCCCAUCAGAUCAUUUUGCAUCUCCUUCAUAUUUUUGAUUCAAUAUUGGGCUGAUAUUACAUUACUUGACCUGACAGUAAAUGAAAACCAGUUAUAGUAGAUGUGAAUAAGUGGUCAGGAGUAGGUAACAUUUAUGAGAGAGUUCCUCAGAAACUCAUAUCAGAAACCACAGAGCUGGGUCUCUAUCAUUGGAGGUUGAGUGACCCAGCCAUUGGAGGCUACUGAUAUGUUCAAAAACUGCUUUAGUGGGGCUGGGGGAAUGCCAAAAUGAUACGGCUGACUGCCAUUCCUCAUGAGAUCAUAGAGUCUGUGAUAGAAACUGAAAUCAAGGGACGUAUGGAGAACACAAUCUGUUGUGAAGGUGGUGGAGAGGCUCCAGUGAAGUCUGGCAUAAUUGACAUUUGGAGGAAGGGUGGAGGGAAACAGAAAGAAAACCUCUACCUGUCAGCUUUCUAAGGAAAGCUAGAUUGAAAAGCAGAAGAAGCUGGCAUGUGAUGAAACACAGGGAAACAAAAGUGUUGCAACGUCAGCUUGCUCUGCCCAUCGCGUGUGCUGCGCUCCUGCUUUCGGACGUCAGGAUGAGAUGGCCGUGAGUGCCCAGCUGGACGCUCGCCCUUAUGCCUGGAGUUCACCCACAGCUGCUGAGCAACGCAGCCACUGCUGCCUGGGCUGCUGAUACUGCUGCUGCUGCUGCCGCAUAUCUGGCGUGCGGCUGGAGCCCGGCGCUGCGCACGGCAGGCACUUAGCCAGGCUGGCUGCAGGCGAGGGAACCCAGCAAGAGCUCUGGAGGUCACAGCAGCGGGGCUGAGCGUGGACGCCAACAAAUACAAAUCCAAGCCAGCUGGGGAUUUGUAAUGUCGGUUAAUAUUGCAGCCUUUGGGAAUGAAAGAGAUGGGCCUUCUGGGGACAAUCAGCAGCCAAGCCUGAUCUGGAGCUAUCUCAGGAGAAGUGCUCUCAUUUCUGAGACUGACUGCAGCUUGUCUGCCAGUCACGUUGGAAACCCAGCUUUUACUGAGUACCGAGCCUCUGUGUUUGGAAAUGUCAGACUGGUGGUACGUGACUGUCCUGUCUGGGAUAUAUUUGACAGUGACUGGUAUACCUCCCGCAGCCUCAUUGGAGGAGCUGAUAUUGUUGUGAUUAAAUACUCCGUCAAUGAUAAGACUUCAUUUCAAGAACUAAAGGACAAUUAUGUCCCAAUGAUAAAAAAAACAUUAAGCCACUGCUCAGUUCCAGUAAUAAUUUCUGCUAUUGGUGCAAGAAAAAACGGAGUGCCUUGUACCUGUCCACUGUGCACAUCGGACAGAAGGAGUUGUGUCACCACUGCCGAAGGAGUUCAGCUUGCCAAGGAACUAGGAGCCACUUACCUCGAGCUACACACUCUCAAUGACUUCUACAUACAGAAAUAUUUUGGAGGCGUGCUGGAAUAUUUUAUGAUCCAAAGUUUGAAUCAGAAGUCACCUGAAAAAAUGAAGAGAAGGAAAAAGAUGCAGAAGUGUCAUCGAGUUCAACCACCUCAGCUUGAACAGCCAGUAGAAAAAAUGCCCAUCUUGAAGGGUGAAGCCUCGCACUAUGAUGCGGACCUGCACAACCUGCUCUGCUGCUGCCAGUGCGCAGAUGUGGCAUUCUACCCCGAGGACUUCAGCACAGUGGUGGAGGCUCACAAGGUCAUCCUCUGCUCUGUCAGCCACCUCUUCAUGCUGCUUUUCAAGGUGAAGAGCCCUGCAGACAUCUGCGACACCUCCAUCAUGCAGACAGCGCAGAGCCUCUUCACGGUGGAAGCAGAGGCUGCCUUCCCACUGGCACCCCGCAGCAUCCCACCCUUCAUCCCGCUGCUGAGGGUGGUGGUGAAGGACUCAGCCUUCUGCUCAUGUCUCCCAGACAUCCUCCACUUCAUCUAUUCAGGUGCUUUCCAGUGGGAACGACUAGAAGAGGAUAUAAAAAAAAAGGUGAAGGAUCCAGAAAAAACUGAAAAUGUGCUUGACAAAGUUAAAUGCAUCCUGAAAACCCCAGGGAAGUUAAACACUACAAAAGACUGCAAAUCUCAACAGAUGAAACGGCUGUAUAAUACUUCUCUCAGGCUGUUCUUUAAUACACCUGUCCUAGCUGAUGUCAUCUUCAAAAUACAAGAUGCGACUGUACCAGCCCACAGAGCAGUUCUGGUAGCUCGCUGUGAGGUAAUGGCAGCUAUGUUUAAUGGUAAUUAUCUAGAAGCAAAUAGUAUUCUGGUUCCAGUGUAUGGGGUUUCCAAAGACACUUUCCUCUCCUUUCUAGAGUAUCUUUAUACCGACUCCUGCUGUCCAGCUGGUAUUCUCCAAGCUAUGUCUCUCUUGAUCUGUGCAGAGAUGUACCAAGUAAUGAGACUCCAGCAUAUUUGUGAGCUUUACAUUAUCACACAGCUUCAGAGCAUGCCUAGCAGGGAGCUGGCAUCCACAAGUCUCAGCAUUGUUAGCUUGCUCAAAAAAGCUAAGUUUCACAAUUCCGAUUGCCUUUCAACUUGGCUUCUUCAUUUUAUUGCCACUAACUACCUCAUCUUCAGUCAAAAGCCUGAAUUUCAAGAUCUUUCAGUGGAAGAGCGCAAUUUUGUAGAGAUGCACAGAUGGCCUUCGAAUUUGUACCUGAAGCAGCUUGCGGAUUACAGGAACUACAUCCACUCUCAGAAAUGCCAUUGCACAGUAAUGUAAGAAGACUGAGCACAUGCGAAGUGCUUCGUGACUCAGAAACCUCAGAGUGGGAAUUACACAAAGGAUAAAAAUCCUUUCAAGAGCAAAUAAAAUACCAAUCUACCGUGGAACACCAUGCUGUAGCUCACCUACUAAUAUUCCUUGCUUUGGUACUGGACUACUACUUUUCCAUUAAAGCAUGGAAAAAUGUAUUAUGAAGAUUUAUUUCAAGCACAAGAAUUUCAUAACCAUGGGGAUUAACUGUAGUACAGAUCAUGUCA